AUGAAUAUAGAAGAUAAAAGGAUAGAUAGUUUAUUUAAACAAUUAAUUAAUAAUUUCGUUAUAAGAAAUACAAUCUUUCAAAUUCAAAGAGUAUUGAUCGAAAGAGAAAAAUUGUUGGAUGAUGGUUAUGAAAGUAGUUAUUAUGAUAUAGUUAGGUCUUUUGAUUUAAUGCCUCUCACUCGGAAUCUAUUGCAGGGUUUGGAGAGUUAUGGAUUCAACAAUACUUCUCCGUUACACAGAAGAGUACUGCCACCACUGUUGAAUGGCUACGAUGUACUGGUUAGAGCGAAUCAUGGAACUACAAAGAUAUCUACUUAUGUUGUGCCGAUUCUCCAGUCGAUUGAUGUGUCGCUCGAUGCAUGCCAAGCACUAGUCAUUGCCGCGUCGCGAGAGAUAUCAUUACCGACCAACUUGAUAUUCGAAAGAAUUGGAAUUAAAAUCGAAGGUCUUAAAUCUUUUGGGUUUGGCGGUGCUUACAGGGGUGAAAUAGAACAAGAUGAGCUACGCUCUACCAACCAUCAAGUAUUGGUCGGUACGCCAGGUCGCAUGUGGCAUCACAUUGAACGAGGUGAUUUCGAUGUGUCGCAAGUCAAGAUUGUCGUCUUUGAGAGCUAUGACGAUAUGAUCGACCGAGGACAUCUCGAUAACCUUGAAUUAAUCCUAUCGAGAUUACCACCGAAUAGUCGUCGGUGGUUCUACACCGAUCGCGAUGAGAAUCAAUCAUCUCUGUCAUUCACCGACAAAUACAUGACAGCCAACACAAUAUUCAUCAAAAAAACUUUAAUGUCAGACUGGACCAAAGAAAAUGCAGCUCCAACCAAAAUAAAAUAUGUGAUUCUAGAGUUGGUAUUUCUCGUACAGAUGCUACCUAGAACCCUAUAUUCUGGAUAUUUCUACUUCUUUGGUUACAAGUUAUCGUCAUCACCGUGUACAAUUCAUAAAGAUAUUAGAUACUCUUCGAAUCGUUCGAGAAAUGUAAUGGAUGUUUACGAAGCACCGCGUAAGGUACAGGGCAACCCAGUAGUUGUUUUCAUUCAUGGUGGAGCAUGGGGUCAUGGUUUCAAAAUGCAAUAUAUCUUGUUGGGUCGUCGUCUGGCGAUGCACGGUGUAACAACUGUCGUAGCAAACUACACACUUUACCCACCAGGUCGAAUUGAACAGCAGGUGGAGGAUGUAGAUGAGUUGAUGCACUAUCUCAAAGAUCAUAUCGAAAGCUAUGGUGGACGACUUGACGAUAUCACUGUGAUUGGACACAGCGCCGGUGCACAUAUUCUUGCACAGUAUCUUGUGACUGUACAUAGUAAAUCGACUGACAACAAGAUAAAAAUUAGAAACUAUAUCGGUAUGUCUGGACCAUUCGAUAUAUCCGACCACUUUAUUCAUGAAACAAAGCGUGGAAUUGAACAUAUGUCGCCGAUGCGACCAUGUUGUAAUGGUCCAUCAGGAUUCAAACAAGCAUCUCCAACCCAUCUAAUACAGCAAAGACCUGAUAAAACUGUUGAAUUACCAUCAAUGUAUUUCCUACAUGGUGACUCUGAUUUGACUGUUCCACUGGAAUCAACGAUUAAAUUCUGUAGAUUAGUUCAACAAAAAUCGAAAUGUCACACCCAAAUAUUGGAGUAUGAACAUGUACAACAUAUUGAAAUUAUAUUCCUUCUAAAAGAUGUCGAAAAUUCUGUUGGAAAACCAUUUAUUCAUGAACAUGCAACACAUACAAAGAGAAACAACCAGUCCGUAUUAAUCGAUGUUUUACAAAUUAUUUUUAGAAAUAAUAAUAAUAACAUUUAA